AUGCGGCUCGGUGGGGCGGCGCUGCUGCUGUGCGCGGCGGGGCUGGCCGUGGCCCCCGCACCGGGAACCGCACCGGGGGCUGGGGCCGAGCGGAGGGCGGCGGCGGGACCCGUGCGGGAGCGGAGGGCGCAGUUCGCCUCCUGGGACGAGGUGAACGUGCUGGCACACGGGCUGCUGCAGCUCGGGCACGGCCUGAAGGAGCACGUGGAGCGCACCAAGGGGCAGCUGCGGGAGCUGGGCGGGCGGCUGAGCGCCCACAACAGCUCCCUGGGGCGGCUGCUGCGGCAGGCGCGGGAGGCGCAGGAGCGCGGGGAGCGGCUGCGGGGCAGCGUGCGGGAGCUGGAGGGCCGCGGCCGGCAGCUGCUCAACCUCUCCGAGGCGCUGCGGCAGCGGCUGGAGGAGGUGGCUGCUGACAAGGACGCGAUCCAGGGGCGGCUGGAGCUGCUGGAGGGUCGGGUCCGACUGGCGCUGCAGGCGCGGCCGACCGGGAACCAGAGCGCCCGGGACCUGGGGGCGCUGCAGUCCCUGAUGGACGCUCAGAACCUGCGGAUUGAGGAGCUCCUGCAGAAAAUCAAGCAGCAACAAUACAAGCUGGACAAGCAGAAUCUGCAGAUUAAAAGCCUGCAGAGCAAGGUCAAUCUACUAAUCCCCCUACACCACAACAAAACACAGUCUCCAAAGUGGAAGAUAAAUCUGAAGAAGAGCCUCAACCUCACCAGCCAGAACCAGAAUGGCAGCGGGGAGCCUGUGCCAAGGCAGAAGCUCCCCGAGGGUUGCCACCAGCUCUUCCUGGCCGGGCAGCAAAGCAGCGGGGUUUUCCAGGUGCAGCCCGUGGGAUCCCAGCCCUUCAAGGUCUACUGUGACAUGACCGCAGAGGGUGGCUGGACAGUGAUCCAGAGGCGCACGGAUGGCUCCGUGGACUUCGACCAGCUGUGGGAUGCCUACAAGAAUGGCUUUGGAGACCUCCAUGGUGACUUCUGGCUGGGCCUGGAGAAGAUACAUCACCUUGUCCAAGAGGGAAAAUACAACCUCCUGAUUGAGCUGGAAGACUGGGAGGGUAAUUCGCAGGCGGUUCAGUUUGUCUUCAGCCUUGGUGGGGAGAGCACAGCCUACAUGCUCAACCUGCUGGGGCCUCUGUCUGGAGAGCUGGAAAAUGCCAUCGGGGACUUCAGGCAGCUGCCCUUCUCCACUCGGGACCGUGACCACGACCUCAAAGCUGACACAAACUGUGCCAAACACCUCUCAGGUGGCUGGUGGUUCAGCACCUGUGGCCAUGCCAACCUCAAUGGGAAGUAUUUCCGCUCCAUCCCCCGCCAGAGGCACGAGCGCAAGCAGGGCAUCUUCUGGAAGACAUGGAAGGGCAGGUACUACCCACUGAAGUCAACUGUCAUGAAGAUCCAGCCUGCAGCACUGGAAGCAGAGCCCUAACGCUGCCACUUGAGACUUGACCUUCUUUGUGGAGCGUGGACCUGAGCUCCAUCACGUGGUGUUUACAGAAAACAACCCCUUUCCCUGGAAAAUCCCCCGAGAUCUCCCUGGGUGAGCAGUCCUUGAGUAGCACGACACAGCUCCUCGCUGUAGGUAAAAAACAGCUCCAUGUUGCCAAAACCCCUGGAUGGGAACUCCCAAACCUGAAGAGGAGCCACCAGCAGGGAGAUCAACCUCCAGAGCAUGCACAAGGGUCUUCCGACCUGCCACGUGCUGCUGCCGCGAGUUCAAGUUUGUCUGGUGCUUUUUUUUUUUGUCCUGUCUUAACAUUUCUGUACUUUUUCGAUGCCCUGUGGCGAGGGCAAGGGGAGCACACGGAGUGUCUCACUGCCCUGGACCCCAGCGCUGGGUGCGGAGCCUCGCUGUGUCCCAUCCUUCCCUCUCGCUCCCAAAUGGUGUCCCGCGUUCCCUCCUGUGAGAGCCCUGGAGCCUCUGGCACCUGCCAGGGCUGGUGAGCCUUGGGCAGCUCCCUCUGUGCAUCCCCUGCCCUGCUGAGCUCUGCAGGGUGUGGUGGGGGGUCUGAGGGUCACCUCUGCAGAAGGAGACCUCGGGCUCAUUUGCCUUCCCUCUGAAGACCCCGUGUUUCUGGCCGUGCUGGAAUUUGCCAGGAGCUGGGAAAACCGCUUCCAGCUCCAAGGAUGAUGGGUGGGAUCCUGCAGCUGCUUGUGUGAGGGGGCCAGGUCCUGAGGGGCCGUGUUUGGAGCCUGCCAGUGCUGCUGGGGAGGGGUAGGGUGAGCAGUGGGAGGGCACAGGUACGGAGCAGUGACUGUCCCUGGGCAGGGCACUGUCACUGUCAGCCCCCUGAACCUGGGGGCUGCCUCCUCCCACCACACACCUCGUGCUUUGCAGAGGGACUGGCGCUGUCCCACGUGUGUGUCCCAGCACUGAAAGGUCAGGGGACAGCAGCAUUCCUCUGCAAAAGCCCCAGCUCAUCAGGUGAGUACCCUGAUGUGCGGCAUCACCUCUGCUUUUUGGGGUGGGUGUGUGGGGAGAGGUGGCCAAAACAGGUCCCCAAAAACUGUUACGGGCCAAGCUGCAGUCUUGGGGCUUCCCAAGCAUCCUGCCCUAUUGAAGUCAUAUUGACUACUGUGCUAGAGCUCCUAGCUGCUAAAUACUGUACAGAGUUGUACGUAGGAUGUUGGAUCCUGUUGAUGAAUUCCUUGUUUUAAUUUGUUUCCAUAUUUAAAUGCAGUGUUAAUAACAAUGUGGUGUAAUUUAUAAAUGUUGAUGCUGAAAAGAAAAGCAAGUGUAGUUUGUGUAUUUUAAACUUUUUUUUGUACUAAAAUAUCUUUUCUGAAGAUGUCUUUUAAUAAAAACAAGCCU